CCUCCUUCAAACCAUGCCUUGUAAUUAUUGCGAGCAUCCCACUCGCAAAAGCCCUGCACUGGACUGCAACAUAGUCAGAGAGUGAAAGGGAGAGGGCGAAAGUGCCAGUGGGGACAUAAUUGAUUACGUCCUAAUCAAUAUUAACUUGUUAGUCAGUUGUUGCUGCAACUUCUUUGGACCUCGCCAUUUUCAGGGAGGCACAGUUCUCCUUCGGAUUGUCUGUACGUAUUUUUGUGGAAUAAUACUUUCAAGAAGAUAUCCCGGUUUGGAAUUAGGAGGGCUUUUUUAUGUUUCUUUUUGCAAGAAAGUUUGCAGCCAUGGCGUGCAUUUGGUGACUGUAAUGUGACUGUUUCUUCGAUAGGGUUCGAUAUUAUUUGAUAUCUGUGUUUGUUAUUUUCGUUGUUAGCAAUUCAAAACAAUUUAAAGUUAGCUUGCGUAACGACUAACGCACUAAUAAUGACAUCCAAAGAAGUCGCCAAAUGUGAUGCGGUCGAGAAUAGGAGGCGAAGUCCGUUGGACCAUCUUCCUCCACCUGCAAACUCGAAUAAGCCACUGACACCGUUCAGUAUCCAAGACAUUCUAAACAAACCCUCCGUGAAACGAAGUUACACCAUUUGUGGGACAGCACACCUGAUUUCAUCCGCUGAGAAGCACCGUUCCUCCAGCAUCUCUGCUCUGUCCAACCGGGCACUGCUCACACAAACCUCACCACUCUGCGCCCUGGAAGAACUAGCUAGUAAAACCUUCAAGGGGCUCGAAGUUAGCGUGCUACAAGCAGCUGAAGGGAGAGACGGAAUGACACUCUUUGGGCAAAGAAACACCCCGAAGAAGCGAAGGAAGUCCAGGACUGCCUUCACCAACCACCAAAUCUACGAAUUAGAGAAAAGAUUCCUGUAUCAGAAAUAUUUGUCUCCCGCUGACCGAGACCAAAUCGCCCAACAAUUGGGUCUAACGAACGCCCAAGUCAUCACGUGGUUCCAGAACAGGAGAGCCAAACUAAAGCGAGAUCUGGAAGAGAUGAAGGCCGACGUGGAGUCGGCCAAAACUAUAGGUGACGGUGUUGUACCUCUGGAGAAACUCGCCAAGCUCGCUGACCUCGAGAAAUGCGCCAAUGGAACGCUCGGACAUCACCCGCGAGCCGAUUCUCCCGCGCAGAGUGGCGGACAAGAGUACGAGCUCGCUCGCAAGCUGCGGAUGUCCCCCCUGUCGCCAUUUUCAGACCACACAACAAGUAAAGAAUGCUCAGAGGACGACGAAGACCUAGAAAUUGAUGUGGAUGACUGAUUGCGCAGUGGGAUAAUGAAAUACAAAAAUUACGACAACAAGCAGUAACAAUCCUUACUACGAUUGUAACUUUUCCCUGCUGAUAUUCGUACAUCAUCUCAGAACAUUUACUAGUCUGUUGUGACUUUUGUAUCGGCACACAGAUAUUCACAGUAAGCAUGAACAGUACAACAAAUAGCCUAUGCAGUGCUAUAACCAUUUGUAUUCAUCAGCAGUCGGACAGUUUCCUCUUGUCUUCAAAUGUCAAUGAAAGCAAUAUAGGUUUCAUAAUCAGAACAAAAGAUAAUGCUAUUAUUUUGAAACAUUUAAUUGUCUAUCAGACACACACACCUAUUUGAGGUGUUUCUCUCUCUCUCACUCACUCACACACACACACACACACACACACACACACACACACACACACACACACACACACACACACACACACACACACACACACACACACACACCUAUUUUAGUUAUCUCUCUCUUUCACACAAACACACACACACACACACACACACACACACACACACACACACAUUGAUCCUUGUUCAUAUUUAUGUAACACCGUGUCAUAUGCUUUAAGUAUGUCAGUUUUAUGAAAUAUUUUCGAUAGGUUUUGCAUGUUGAAAUGCAUGUUUUGUUUUGUUGAUCAUAUCUAUUUAUUUUUCCCUUUUAAAUUAUAUCGCUUGUUUAUUUUUUGAGACAUACCUUAUCAUACAUGUAGGUCCACUCGAGCUCAGACCGUUUGUACACAGCGUUUACAUAAUUAGCUAGUCAUAUUUACACCAACCAUAAUCCGUAUGCUGCAUUGCAUGAUACGAAAGGCAAAUUCAAAGGAUCAAAAACCAAGUUAUGCGUUUUAUAGAGAAAUGGUCAAACAAAGGUUAUAAAAAUAUAAAAAUACUGCGGUGAUAUUUCGACAUGGAGCUACAGUUACUGGACCGUAGGAAUAUAUUCAUUUGUUUGGAUACAAAAGAGUACUCUAAGGUUGAAUAGAUUUGUUAUGUUUUGUACACCUGUAAGUGCCUUUCUAAAAUCAGGACAGUAUUUGAAAACCAAUGCACAUUCUGUAAUGUAUAUACUAUGGAAAUAAAAUGGCUUUUCUCAA